CCCCCCCCGUUUCAUUCGCCCUCUCCCCGGAACACCAUGAACCGCGCCCUCCCCCUCCGCUCCUUCUCCACGCUGGCCCGCGUCGCCUUUUCGGCCGGCCGCGCCCCGGUCGCCGCCCCGAUGAUGCGCUCCCCCGCGGCCGCCGUCCUCGGGUCGCCCUCCUUCGGCUUCUUCGCCUCUCGUUUCUAUUCCUCCUACCCCCGCCACGAGAAGAUCCUGAUGCCCAUGCUGUCGCCCUCCAUGUCCGAGGGUGCCGUGGCCUCCUGGACCAAGCAGGAGGGCGAUGAGAUCACCGCCGGCGACACCAUCGCCAGCAUUGAGACCGACAAGACCGCCGUCGACCUCAACUACCACGAGGAUGCCUUCCUGGCGCGCAUUCUCCUGCCCGCCGGCGAGACCGUUCCCGUCCUGACCCCCAUCGGCAUCGUCACCUUCGACAAGGACGACAUUGCCGCCUUCAAGGACUACAAGGGCGAGGAGGAGGAGGCCGCCAAGCCUGCCGCCCCGGCCGCCGCCGCCCCCACUCCCGCCCCGGCCGCCGCCGCCGCCCCCACCCCCACCCCGGCCGCCGCCCCGGCCGCUGCCUCUGUCGCCACCACCGGCGCCGGUGGCCGCAUCCUGGCCAGCCCCGUGGCUCGGAAGAUCGCCCGCGAGAACAGCCUCGACCUGGCCCAGAUCGCCGGCACCGGCCCGAAUGGCCGCAUUGUCAAGUACGACGUGCUGGAGUUCCUGGAGUCGGGUGCUGCCGCCGCCGCCCCGGCCGCCGUCCCGGCCGCCGUCCCGGCCGCCGCCCCGGUGGCCGCCAAGGCCGCCGCCCCGGUCUACCCCCCGGCCAACGACGACUACACCGAGAUCCCGGUGUCCAACAUCCGCGGUGUGAUUGCCUCUCGCCUGCUCGAGGCCAAGACCACCAUCCCGCACUUCUACCUGACCUCGGACAUCUGCAUGGAUGCCGUGCUGAAGCUGCGCAAGGAGCUCAACGCCCAGGCCGAGUCUUCGCUGUCGGUCAACGACUUCAUCAUCAAGGCCGCCUCCCGGGCCCUCCUCCGCGUCCCGGAGGCCAACAGCGCCUGGGCCGGCAGCGUCAUCCGUCGCUACACCAAUGCCGACAUCUCGGUUGCCGUGGCCACCGACAACGGCCUGAUUACCCCGAUUGUCCGGAACGCCAACCAGCUCGGCCUGGAGUCCAUCAGCACCACCGUCAAGGAUCUGGCCACCCGCGCUCGUGCCGGGCGCCUGGCCCCUGCCGAGUUCCAGGGCGGCACCUUCACCAUCAGCAACCUGGGCAUGUUCGGUGUGCGCGACUUCGCCGCCAUCAUCAACCCCCCGCAGUCGUGCAUUCUGGCCGUCGGCACUGUUGAGCGCCGCGUCGUCCCGGCUGCCGACUCCGAUGCCAUCACCACCAAGCAGAUGAUGAGCGUCACCCUGAGCUGCGACCACCGUGUGGUUGACGGCGCCGUCGGUGCUCGCUGGCUCCAGGAGUUCAAGGCCUUCCUGGAGAACCCCAUCCGCAUGCUGAUGUAAGCGCGCGCAGCCGGUCGCAUCCGCGCCCCGCUCUCGCCGCGCGCACCCUCCCCCCCCCCUCUCUCCUCUUUGUCUCCCCGUGCUGCCGCCUUGCGUCUCGGCGGGCGGAGCCCCGGACCGUGGGGGGGGGGGUGGGGGGGG